AUGUGGUAAAUAUGGAUGUUCCAGUGGAGCCUCCAGGUAUCUAUGUUGUCAUAGAAAGGAUCAUCUAAUGACUAUCAGGAGGUUCUGAGGAGGCCCAGGUGGGUUUAUGGACCGUCAGUGUUCUACAAUGUAGUUUUGUGGUAAUGAAGGUUCUAACAAUUCUGAAGACUCUAUUAUUCAAUAAAGAUAUGUAUUAUUAUAAUUUUUUAAAUAUAUAUAUUUAAAUUUGUAUUAUUUUAUUUGGAGAGGACAGCGAGAGAGUGGAGGAAGACAUGCUGCCCCCGCUACGGGUGAGGCCUAGCCUCAAUGGGGGGGCAGCUCUACCAGGUGAGCUAUACGCCGCCCCUAUGACUGUAUUAUUUAAUAAAAAUAAUGAUAUAAUGAUAUUAGAUGACUGUGUUUAAUAAAGAUGAAGCUAUAAUAAUGAUUUAAUGAUUAUACAUUAUAAUACACUGGUGGGGAUGUGGUCCCUGAGGAACACCUCCAGCAGCAGCAGUCCGGAUCCUUUAGAGUCCAGUCCGGGAUUUCAGGUCUGAUGACAGAGGCCGUCUCACCAGAGCAGCGCUGAACCAGAUCCCUCCGCGGGGUCACACACUUUUUACACUAACACAGAAACGGAGUGAGACGCGGACUCGGAUCAAGCGACUCGCUUCAGACCGUCACCCGGAGGAUCGUCGUCUUUUCCGGUUGUAACAGAUGAACUCUGCCCGAAUGCCAUCUGAGGCUCAGUCUCAGGAGCCUCGUGACAGGGGACCGCCCCCACCUGUCACUCGGGCCGGACGCAGUGCUCAGCUGGCCAAAGCCGCUGCCACAAGCCUCUUAAGCGAGAGGCGGUCCCGUGGGCGACCUCGGAAAGAUGGUAGCGGCGGCCGCUCUGCUCCCCUGGCCCCUCCUGCUCCUCCGUCUCCUCCUCCAACUCCCAAAUCAAGGAAGAAGGGGCCGAGUCGAGGCCGAGCCCAGGUAGAGGAUAAGAAGAGCAUGGACGCCACGGAGAAGAAAUCCGCCCACAAGACGGAGGUGACGGAGAAGACCACAGGACGCCGUCGAUCAUCCUCCAGGAGGAAAUCUAACACAAAGCCUGACCCCGACCCUGAACCAAGCCAAGAAAGGUUUAGUCCAGAGUCUAAGCUGGACCCUGAUCCACUUGGUCCCACAAUCCCAGUCUCCAGCCCAGAACCAGCCCACUGUACUGAUAAGGACAGAACCAGCCCUGGUCCUCCUGCCGACCUCCCGACCUACAGUCCUGGACCAGAACCUCGACUCAGCCCCCUGCCCACCUCCCUGUCCCUGGACCACAGUCCGGUUCAGAGCCCCGCCUCAACCCCCAGACCAGCUCCUGAUCCUGUGGAGGAGGGCCGGCCCGGGCCAAGCCAUAGCCCCGCCCCCACAGAGGUGGACUGCAGUCCCUGCAGGGUUCCCAUGGAGACAGAAGGGGGUGCGGCAAGUCCUGGGGUUAGUCCCAUGGGGCAUAGUCCAGCUCCGAGUCUCUGCUCCAAUCUCCUAGUGUCCCCCUGUCCCCAGCUGGAGGACGAUGACUCGCUGUCCCCGCUGUUCCAACGCUCUCUGUCAGAGGACUCCGGCGGCUCGCCCAACCACAGCCUGGGACACAGCAAAAAACGUCUGAAGCAGUGUGCCUUCUGUUACCAUGACGACAAGCUUCCUCUGGGCCAGGGCCGCCUGGUGGUGUUCGGCCCGACGCCUGGCUACAUCCCCCUCCACAUCCUAAACCGCAGAGCGUCCUCUGACCGAGAUAGCGACUGCCACGACCACUGCUACCGUGGCAACCAGGCCCCACCCAUGUGCAGCAGUCCGGAGCAGUGUGAGUCUUCCUCAGAGUUUGUGGAGCAGCUUGGACCCAUCGGCCUCCCACAUGACAUCAACGUCCAAUCACUGUUCGACCCCACAGGUCAGUGCUGUGCUCACCUGCAGUGUGCAGCUUGGUCGGAGGGGGUGUGUCGAGGCGAGGGCCAAUCACUGCUCUAUGUUGACAAAGCCAUCGACUCAGGAAGCACACAGGUGUGUGCGUUCUGCCGUCGGCUCGGGGCGACGCUGCGUUGCCGGGAAACUAGCUGUGGGCGGAGCUACCACUUCCCCUGUGCUGCUGCUGCCGGGGCUCAUCAGGACUGGAACCAGAGACACACACUGUGUACAAGACACAGACAAACAGUCUCUUCGCAGUGUGUGUUGUGUUUGGGUUCCAGUGAUGUCAGCAGUCUGUUGAUGUGUUGCUGCUGUGGUAACUGUUACCAUGGCAGCUGCCUGGAUCCCCCUCUGGUCUCCUCCCCCCUGUGCCGGGCCGGCUGGCAUUGUCCUGAGUGUCGAGUGUGUCAGAGCUGCAGGUUGCGAGGCGAUAAUGGUGUGUUGCUGGUGUGUGAGCGCUGUGAUAAAACUUAUCACCGACACUGUCUCACACCACCUCUGGAUCACACGCCGAGCACGAGCUGGAGCUGCCAUAAUUGCAGAACCUGCCGUCACUGUGGUGUGAGGUCAUCAGGCCAGUGGGCCAAUCACCCGUUUUUGUGCGAGUCUUGUGACCCAGCCCUGCCCUGCCCUCUCUGUGGCCACACGCCUGACCUCUACACACCCGAGGAGUACCUCACCUGCACCUGCUGCUAUAGGUGUGUCCAUACAGCGUGUAUUGUCCAGACUGGGGAGGGCAGGGCAGGGUCUGAAAGUUACAUCUGCUCCACCUGCAGGCAUCAGGAGGAGGAUAUAAUUCCAAACAGUCUAAUCCCACACAGUCCUACUCCAGCCCUGCCAAUCAGUUCCACACAGGCAUCACCUAUUAGCAUUUCUCAGCCAACAAUCUGCAAUCAGGAUCCACCCAUGAGUCGUUCCACUCAUAGCCCAGUCCAGCUCGACUGCUUAGAGCCACCACAGAGUCCUACCAAAACCAUGUGCACACCAUUACUGCAAAGUCUUACACCAUCUCGUCCUGAUCCAUCAGCACUGCAAAGUCCUUCACCUACUAAUCAACAUUCAUCAGAGCUUCAACACAGUCCUGAACUUACUCAACCUGAUCCUUCAAAAUUCCAAGAACGGCCUACAUCUACUCACCCUAAUCCAUUAGAGGUCCAAGAAAGUCCUGCAUCUACUCACCCUGAUCCAUCAGAGCUCCAAGAAAGUCCUGAACUUGAUCACCCUGAUACUUCAGAGCUCCAAGAAAUUCCUGCGCCUACUCACCCUGAUCCACCAGAUAUCCAACAGAGUCCUGCUCCAUCUCACCCUGAUCCCUCAGAGAUCCAACAAAGUCCUGAACUUGAUCACCCUGAUCUAUAUGAGCUCCCACAAAGUCCUACACCUGCUCACCCUGAUCCAUCAGAGCUCCAAGAAAGUCCUGCACCUACCCACCCUGAUCCACUAGAUAUCCAACAGAGUCCUGCUCCAUCUCUCCCUGAUCCAUCAGAGGUCCAAGAAAGUCUUUCACCUGCUCACCCAGAUACUUCAGAGCUCCAAGAAAGUCCUGCACCUGUUCACCCUGAUCCUUCAGAACUCCAAGAAAGUCCUUCACCUGCUCACCCAGAUACUUCAGAACUCCAAGAAAGUCCUGCACCUGUUCACCCUGAUCCUUCAGAACUCCAAGAAAGUCUUUCACCUGCUUACCCUGAUCCUUCAGAGCUCGAAGAAAGUCCUGCACCUGCUCACCCUGAUCCUUCAGAGCUCCAAGAAAGUCCUGCACCUGUUCACCCUGAUCCUUCAGAACUCCAAGAAAGUCUUUCACCUGCUCACCCUGAUCCUUCAGAGCUCCAAGAAAGUCCUGCACCUGCUCACCCUGAUCCUUCAGAACUCCAAGAAAGUCCUGCACCUGCUCACCCUGAUCCUUCAGAGCUCCAAGAAAGUCCUGCACCUGCUCACCCUGAUCCUUCAGAGCUCCAAGAAAGUCCUGCACCUGCUCACCCUGAUCCUUCAGAGCUCCAAGAAAGUCCUGCACCUGCUCACCCAGAUCCUUCAGAGCUCCAAGAAAGUCCUGCACCUGCUCACCCUGAUACUUCAGAGCUCCAAGAAAGUCCUGCACCUGUUCACCCUGAUCCUUCAGAACUCCAAGAAAGUCUUUCACCUGCCUUUGCACCUCCUGAUCAGGCUCCAAGAAAGCUCGAAGAAAGUCCUGCACCUGCUCACCCUGAUCCUUCAGAGCUCCAAGAAAGUCCUGCACCUGCUCACCCUGAUCCUUCAGAACUCCAAGAAAGUUCUGCACCUGCUCACCCUGAUCCUUCAGAGCUCGAAGAAAGUCCUGCACCUGCUCACCCAGAUACUUCAGAGCUCCAAGAAAGUCCUGCACCUGCUUACCCUGAUCCUUCAGAGCUCCAAGCAAGUCCUGCACCUGCUCACCCUGAUCCUUCAGAGCUCCAAGAAAGUCCUGCACCUGCUAACCCUGAUACUUCAGAGCUCCAAGAAAGUCCUGCACCUGCUUACCCUGAUCCUUCAGAGCUCCAAGAAAGUCCUGCACCUGCUCACCCUGAUCCUUCAGAGCUCCAAGCAAGUCCUGCACCUGCUAACCCUGAUAUUUCAGAGCUUCAAGCAAGUCCUGCACCUGUUCACCCUGAUCCUUCAGAGCUUCAAGAAAGUCCUGCACCUGUUCACCCUGAUCCUUCAGAGCUCCAAGAAAGUCCUGCACCUGUUCACCCUGAUCCUUCAGAGCUCCAAGCAAGUCCUGCACCUGCUCACCCUGAUCCUUCAGAGCUCCGAGACAGUCCUGCACCUGCUCACCCUGAACCUUCAGAGCUUCGAGAAAGUCCUGCACCUGUUCACCCUGAUCCUUCAGAGCUCCAAGAAAGUCCUGCACCUGUUCACCCUGAUCCUUCAGAGCUCCAAGAAAGUCCUGCACCUGCUCACCCUGAUCCUUCAGAGCUUCAAGAAAGUCCUGCACCUGCUCACCCUGAUCCUUCAGAGCUUCAAGAAAGUCCUGCACCUGCUCACCCUGAUCCUUCAGAGCUUCAAGAAAGUCCUGCACCUGCUCACCCUGAUCCUUCAGAGCUUCAAGAAAGUCCUGCACCUACUCAUCCAAGAAAUUCCCUAGAAAUUCAGACAUCAUCUCAUUCUAAUCAAACAGACCCCCAAGUAAGUCAACUGCCCUCUCACCCUGGGGCAAUAGAGUUUGAAACAAGGCUGUUGCCAUUUUGCCAUGAUACUACAAAACCUCCGCCACCGUUGAAACCAGCAGAACUCCAAGAAAGACGAACCCCGUCUCCCUGUAGCAGAGCAUUGCUUCAACAUAGCCCUACACAUGCUUAUUGCGGUCCAACAGAACUUCAUAAAGGAACUACACAACCCCCCCCUGGUCCUGUUCAACUGCAACAAAGCCCUACCCAUAUGACUUCUACCGUGGCUCAGGAUAGUCCUCGACAGCAGAGUUGCACCUCUACUAGCCCUACCCAGAAUUCCACUGAGGAGCAGCUUACAGCCACAGAGUCUCACCAGAGUCCAACACAGGGUAGUCCCCUUCCUUGUGGCCUUACACACAGCCCUCCACCAAACAGUCAGACCCAGGAAGGGCAUAGUUCUCCACAAUACAGCCCUCCACUUCAGAUUCCCACACAGGACAUCACCAUACAGACACAUGAUAGACCAUGUAGUCCUACAAACAUCAUCAUCAACCCGCCUCAGCACAGUUCCCCUCAAAGAUGGCAUAGUUCUACGUCACAUAGUCCUGCACAAAUUUGCACCUCAACUCCACAUAGUCCCAUACAGGAUGCUGAAUCUACACUGGACCAGGAAAGCCCAGGAUUAUGCAACUCUACUCAUCAGACUUCACGGGACAUUUCUACACUGAACCAGGACCCUUCACCGGUCUACUGUAGGUUGACCCAGACAGGUAUACAACAUGCAUCGUUGAGGUCCAUUUCAGCUCCUUGUAGCCCAUCACUGUCCCCACCUAGACCCACACAGUGUAGUCUGUCACAGCCUGCUAGCCCAGUUAAAGCACACUCUGUACUGCCUCUUAGUCCUUUUCAGCUUAACCUGCUUCCCUCUCGGCUUACUGCACAGUCAAGAAUCACUGAGGAAUCCACUGAAACCAAUAACAAAGGAUUUGAGUCUAUGGAGCACAGCCCUACCCAGCUGAGUUCAAACGUUAAUGGCCAAACACCUGAAAGAAGCCCCUAUGAACUGUCCACUGCUUUCCCUGAUGGCCAACUUCCAAACCAGCUUAGCCCUGUUCCAAGUAGCAUGCAUAGCCCUGACCAGUCCAGCCCAAGCCAUGUCCCUGCACCAGAAAGCCUUGUUCACAUUAGCACUUCAGCGGAACACAGUAGCCUAACUUUCUCACCUUGUGCUAAUGAAACUGAGGAAAAUCCUCACCUAGCUAGCCACAUUCAUCAGAGGCCUUCUCAUGACAGACUCCCAGGCUGCAUGGAAGGUAAAGCUAUCCCCAUACAUAUCCAAGCUAGGUCAGCUAGUACAUGCCAAGCUAGUGCUAGCCCUACACAUACCAGUGAAAUGCCUACUAGUCCUGCCAACUCUCUUCAGGCUUGUGCUUGCUCCAUGCAAACUGAGACGAGCCCUGCCCACGUAAGCCCUUUAGCUUCCGAGAGUAACCCCUCAGCCAUAUUGGCUGGACCCGUCUACCCCCCCUCUUGUCAGGAUGAAGAGAUUGAAGUAGCGGUCAACCAACCAACUCUACUUAUUCAGUCAGAAGCUGGUUAUCCCAACUCCACGCCCAGCAGUCAAGCUCAAACAAAUGCUACUAAUGCUGACCCAGUCCACACAGACAGUAGCUACAGUCUGAUGGGCACCAUUGAUGCUUCAGAGAGAGCCAGUCUCACUGUUGGGGGUUUUUUGAAGCUCACACAAAAUCAGAUGAGCCAAAGACCCACACAUCCUUUUCAGUUAAGUCCCUUACAUGUCCAAUCUAGCUGCAAUUCUUCACAGACUACUCCUGCUAGCUUUAGUCCUCCACACUGUAUGCUGACUGGUACUAGCCCAGCUACUGACUCUGUUAGCCAAAGUCUGAGCAACAUUACCUCAGACUGCAGUGGCCAGACAGGUCCUCACCUGGCUAGCAUAAUAGAUGUUGGUGUCAUCCACAGUCCACCUAGGUCUAGUCCUGCUGGUCAAGCUAGUCCUAUUCACACACAGAGCACCUCUAAUUGUGUCCACUCAGGUCCUCUCAAAAGACAGAGUCCCUCAUUAACUAACUCAACAUACAUCAGCCCUGCACAUGCUUCUGUUGCUUGUGUUAGUCCACCUCACAGGCGAGCUCAGGCCAGUGAAACCUAUCAUAGCCCUGCAGGUAGCCCACAUUAUAGCCCAUCUCUCGACACUGGAACCACUUCUGGCCUUACGGCACAUCUGAGCCCCUCUAUUGUUGGCUCAAAUCCUGAUAUGGACACCUUGGCCAGUUCUAUAAUACAGAGCUCUGUUCUUCCGAGUGCAGCUCACCUUGAUCCUGUUCAUGUGUCUUCAGACAGAACCAUGCAGAUGAGUCCAGAACCUUCCAGUUUCCUACUUGAUGAUUUACCUGCUGCUAGCUUCAACCAGGCUAGUCUGAGCCAGGUUGACCAGUUCCCAGUUAGUCCUCACCCAGACCCUGACAGGUCAGCUCCUGAAAACCAACAAAAUACUGCCUUGGUAAGGCCCUUGUAUCAAGGAGCGCCCCCCUCUGUUGAUGUUACUUCAAUUCAGGCUAGUGUCAGCCCUUCUAGUCCUGUCUCUUCUAGCCCUACUCAGGAUAACACUGUAAUGCCUAGCACUAGUCACACUAGUGAAACACCUGCUAGUCCCCCACUCCCUGUCCCCUCACAGUUGAGUCCUGCUCAGACAUAUUCAUCCCCCGUGCCACACACUCAAGACAACUCUGUGCACAGUAGCCUAGCUAAAAGUCCUGUUUGUGGUCCCAUGGAUCUAGGUUAUACACCGACCUCCCCAAGUCCUGGUCCUGUCAGCCCUGUGCAGCCAGAAAUUAGGUCCAGUCCUGUUCCCGAUGCCACAAUGAGGUGUGUGGCUAGCCCUGGUCCCACUCCGGUUAGCCCUAUUCUUGCUAGCCCUGUGCAGUGUGAAAAAAGCCCUUGUCCUGGUCCUGUUAGCCCUGUUCAGUCUGAUGAUGGUCCUGGAAGCCGGGAUGUUUGGUCUGGUUCCAGCCCCCAGCAAGACACAGAAACAGAGAGGAAUUCUGCAGCUACUGAGGACAUCAGCAUGGUUGAGAAGCAGGAGGUGGAGAAAAAGACUGAAGAGGAGGAGAUAGACAGUGAAGCUCCAGAGCAAGAGGAGGUGGACGAAGUGAAGGAGGUGGAAGAGAUGGAGGAGGUGAAGGAAGUGGAGGAGGUGGUGUCUCAUCAGAUAAAGGAGAGACAAGAAGAGAAGGAGCCUGUUGAGACGUCAGAGGAAGAAGAUGAUCAGGACCAGUUUCCUCCUAACACUGCUGUCUCCUCCCCCUUACUCCCUCAGCCGGCUCCUUCCCACCCCAUUCCUCGUCUGCCACACUCUGUCUCACCCCUCCUUGCACCACUAUCUCCUUCUAGAGCUGGACCUCUUGAGGCCUCCCCUCCCAGCACUGCCUUACCCCCCUCCUGCUCCCCCCACAUUCCAUGUCCUCCAUCUCUUCCUCUGGAGGACCUCCCCCAGAAAGGGCAGCAAACCAAUCAAAGAGGAGACGGGACUGGGACAGCAGCAGAGGCGGGGCUUGAGAACAAAAUAGUUUCCAGUCAAUCACAGAGCCAAGAACCUGUUGCUGCGGCAACAGAACCCACCAAAGAUGAGCAUCAGCCACUUGCUGAGCCUUUACUGAGGGAGGAGGAGCCUUCUGAAAUGCCACAGCCUGCAUCAGACCGGACAGCUGCUCCUGAGGUGGUUGCUGGGCAACAACCAAUGAGGGAGAGGCAGGAGGAGGAGGAGGAGGAGGAAGAAGAAGAAGAAGAAGAAGAGGAAGAAGAAGAAGAAGAAGAAGAAGAAGAAGAAGAAGAGGGAGAGAUAGAUAGGAUGGAUCAAGAGGAGAGGGAGGGCACAAAGCUAGUGGACCAAUCAGAUGUGGAAGAGGAGGAGCCAUUGAGCCCUGUGCUGGAGCUGGACUCCUCCUUUGACAAGGAGGUGAUGGAGCUGAUGACCUCAUCGACUCCUCCCCCCUCCCUCCUACACCUCUCCUCCCCCAGCCCGCCUCCCCUCCCCCGUUGGGGAAAGGGUCGGACUCUCAGGUUUCCUCCCUCCUCCUCCAGACCUUUAGAUGACCUCUCCAUCCGUUUGAGACAGUCUCCCUUCUCUACUGAGGCAUCCCCCGAAACCUCCCCCACCAGAGCUCUCGUCACCCCACCUCCGCUCUCCCCACCCUCACCUCAUCUCAGGUCCCCCCCCUCUGCCAGAGAGUCUCCACCUCUGUCCAAGGUUCCUCCAAUCACUGUGCUCCCCUUCACUCCUAAAAUCGGCAUGGGGAAACCGGCCAUCUCUAAGAGGAAGUUCUCCCCCGGCCGAGCCAGGGUCAAACAGGGUUCGUGGAGUAGUCGCAGGGGGGUGAGCCCCCCCUCAUCCUCCCAGGAUUCCACGGGGGAGGGAGGGUGGGACAGCCCUAAGACCCAACCACCGGACUCCCCCCUCUGGAGCAUGAGAGUGGGGCGUGGCUCAGGGUUUCCCGGCAGGAGGAGGUCCAGAGGAGGAGGUGUCGGAGGAGGAAGAGGAGGAGGAAGAGGAAGGAGCAGACUGAAGACUCAGGACAGUCUGACUGUGUCACCAGGAUGUGGGUACGUGGAACCGUUCCAGCCAAAGGAGGAGGAGGAAAACUCGAUGCACAACACGGUGGUGAUGUUCUCUACUGGCGACCACUUCACCCUCAGACAGGACAUGUGUGUGGUGUGUGGUAGUUUUGGUCAGGGUGCUGAAGGCAGACUGUUGUCCUGCUCCCAGUGUGGACAGUGUUAUCAUCCCUACUGUGUCAACGUCAAGAUUACACGGGUGGUCCUGACCAAAGGGUGGCGCUGUCUGGAAUGUACGGUGUGUGAGGCCUGUGGUGAGGCCAGCGACCCUGCACGACUGUUGCUUUGUGACGACUGUGACAUCAGCUAUCACACCUACUGUCUGGACCCGCCCCUCCUCACGGUACCUAAAGGAGCCUGGAAAUGCAAGUGGUGUGUGUGGUGUGUUCAGUGUGGCUCUGCCUCCCCUGGGCUGCACUGUGAUUGGCAGAGUAACUACAGUCGCUGUGGACCAUGUUCCAGUCUGAGCCGCUGUCCACUCUGUCAGAGACACUACACACAGGAGGACCUCAUACUACAGUGUCAGCGGUGUGACAGGUGGGUCCAUGCUGUGUGUCAGGGCCUGACCACUGAUGAUGAGGUGGAGGUCGCUGCUGAUGAAGGUUUCGACUGUUCGCUGUGCAGGUCACACGGUCGCAGCUCGUACGGGUGCUCGGACAGUUUUGAUUCUCCCUUCAUGGCUCAGAUUGUCUCCAGGGUGAGAGAACCAGAAACAAAGACCUACACUCAGGACGGAGUGUGUCUCACAGAGUCGGGUCUGUCUCACCUCCAGUCUCUGGUUGAACCUCUGACGUCACCGCGCCGGUAUCGCAGGUGUAAACCCAAACUGAAGCUGAGGAUCAUCAAUCAGAACAGUGUCUCUGUCCUCCAGACUCCGCCAGACCCCGACCACCCUACUGAGCUUGAUCACAGAGGUGACUUGGAGUGUGAGAUGAAAUCCGACUCCAGCCCCGAGCGAGACCAUGCCCCCGACGAUGACGUCACCAAGGAGCCCGAGGUUACUGACGGCAACAAAAAGAGGAAGAGGAAACCGUACAGGCCUGGUAUCGGGGGGUUCAUGGUGCGUCAGCGUGGAGGGAAGGCCGGUCCGAGCAGAAUCAAACUGUGCAGAAAAGAUUCAACAGAGACGCGGUUGAGCCGAGACGAAGCCCUGUUGGGGGCUGAUGUUGUUGUGGAGAUGGCAUCUGCUGCUGACCAGGCAAUGGAGAAGGCGAAGAAGAGGUACAGGAAGAAGAAGACGAAGCUGGAGGAGGCUUUUCCAUCUUAUCUCCAGGAAGCGUUCUUUGGUCGGGAUCUUCUGGACCGGAGCCAGCAGGGGGACAGGAGGGCGGGGCCAGAGCCCGCAGGCAGCCAGUUGGGAGCAGCAGUGGGUAAAAUGAAAAGCCCCGCCCCUGGUAUACAUGGCCCCUCCCCUACCACAGUUCUAGUCGGUGCCAUGGCAACCAACAAUAAACAAGGAACACUGCCCUUUUCGGAGGAAGCUCUUUUGGAUCUGUCUGAUGUUCUCAGCACUGACCCUCACAUCCUGGCUACAGGACACACAGGUCAGUUCCAGGUAGAGCGCUCCCCCUCUCCAUUUGCUGGACUGGACAUCAGCUCCAUGGCCGACGACUCGUCUUUGACCUCUGAGCCAACAGGAAGCGGUGGACGAGGCCAGAGGGCGGUGCAGGAAGAGCCUCUGGAUGCUAUCUUGAGUCCUGAGCUGGACAAAAUGGUGACUGAUGGCGCCAUCCUCAGCAGAUUCUACAAAAUCCCAGAGCUGGAGGGGAAGGACGUGGAGGAGGUGUUCACUGCUGUUCUCAGUCCAAACAGCAGCAACAACCAACCACAGCAAAACCGACACACACACAGUGCUGCUGGGAGCAAGACACACACCCACCACCCAGCUGCUCCGUUUCCAUGUCUGCCGCUGAUGAAUGGCCUGAUGGGAGCUGCUCCUCACUUUCAAAACAAUCCCAUGAUGACCAGCGGUGCCCAGGCUCCAGCAGGCUUUAGGAUGCCCCCGACUGGAGGACCUGUCCUCAGUGCAUCGACAGGCCCCACCCCUGUGCUGACCUCAACCAAUCAGCAGCCAGCUGGAGAGGGCACGCAGGAUGUGAUGUCGACGGCUCAGAGGGGCAUGUUGAAGUGGGAGAAAGAAGAAACGCUGGGAGAGCUUGCUACUGUCGCCCCGGUCCUCUACAGUAAUACUAACUUCCCCCAGCUGAGGGAGCAGCAUCCUGACUGGUCCACCAGGGUGAAGCAGAUUGCGAAGCUGUGGAGAAAAGCCAGCUCUCAGGACAGAGCCCCCUUUGUGCAAAAAGCCCGAGACAACCGAGCGGCUCAGCGCAUUAACAAGGUGCAAUUGUCCAAUGACCCGCUGAAACGCAACCUGCCCCCUGAGCCGCCGCUGCCGCCACCGCCACCGCCGCUGCAGCUGGGACAGUAUGACCCCGUUUCCAUGGACAUGGAGGAGAAUUUCAAGGACCCACUGAGGCCCAAAGAGUCAGAGCAGGAGCAGGAGUGGAAGUUCAGACAGGGAGAGGUUAAAGACAGAUGGGGAGCCGGUAAGAAGAGGCAGGAAAAUCUCCCCCAAAGCAAAGUCCUAAAAUCACCAACAGAUAAAGAUUGUCCUCACCAAGCACCUGUAGCAGGAGGUGACAAACCAGCUCUGCAAAUGCGUCAGAAGAGUAAACAGCAGGCGAAGAUCGAGGCGACUCAGAAGUUGGAGCAGGUGAAGAAUGAGCAGCUGCAACAGCAGCGUCUGUUGGCAAGUCAGCAUCUGAUUGGUCAACUGUCGCCAGAGAGCGACAGCCGCAGCCCCAUAACCCCCACGCAGCAGCCGGCCUCCCCUGCACACCCUUACCCCAGGGAGGGUCUGUCGAGGCAGCAGCCGCUUCUGCAGGGGGCAGGUGAGAGUUCAGGACUGGCCGACAACGUCUUCCUCAGACCGCAAGCUCCUCCCCUCUCUGGCUUCUCCUCACUCCCUCACUCCCCUCACCCCUCCUCCCCUCUCCACCAGCCCCCAUCCUCCCCCCAGAUGUUCUCCCCCUCCUCCCGCCCCUCCUCUCCGUGGGAUCCUUACAGUAAGGUAGUAGGGACGCCCCGCCCUGCCGCCUCCCAGCCUGGUGGUCUGCCGCCCCACCAGCAGCAGCGUCGUAACUCCCUUAGUGCCUCCCCGGCCCACGAUACCUUUGGUUCUCCUGCUCCGUCCCCCGACUCCAAAGCCUGCGACAACUCCAGGGCCCUUGGCCCUCCACCAGGUAACUGUUUUCCUCCUUCUGGCUCCGCUCCUGACCAUGCAGUCAGACACGUCAGUGUCCGAACAGCUGAAACCUUCCAGAGGACUCCUCACAACAGCAGUAACCUCCGUGUAGCGGCUGAAUUGUACGGGCGGGUCGGUGAACUGGUCCAGAGUGGGGUGUUUAAAGCCCCCAUGCCCCCCCAGCAGGAGAUGUUUGGAAACACGGGGGGAGGAGCAGGAGAAGGAGGAGCAGGAAGGAGGGACCCAUCCAGACCCACAGACCUGGGCUUUGUCCUCCCCCAGACGCAGGACCCUUCUUUCCCCUCCAGUCCUCUCUCAGUGCUGGGCUCUCCCCACCGCAGCCCCUACGCACAGACACCCGGAACCCCCAGACCCGACUACUGCCAGCAGAUCCCCGACCCCUUCACCCAGCACUCACCUUUGACCUCCAGACCCUCUCCUGACCCCUACACUAACCCUCUGGCCACUGGUACACCACGUCCACACUCUGACCCCUCCUACCUCACCCCCCCUCCCACGCUGCAACUGGACCAGUUCAACCAGCAGCCUGCUAACCGCCGUCCAUCCCCCUCCCACCCAACCCUCGACCCAUACACCUCCAACCCAGGUACGCCCCGCCCCUCUGUCACUGAGCGUGUCCCUCAAUCACCAGGGAGUCAGCGGAGCACCGACCCCUAUGCCCAGCCCAUCGGUACACCACGACCCUCGCAGGACCCCUACACCCUGCAACCCUCCACACCGAGGCCACAGAAGGGCCCAGAGUCCUUCAUCCAGGCCCCAGUGGAGAGCUUCACCCCGACACCCCACCAGUCUCCAGGAAAACAACAGGACUCUUUUCCCAGAACCCCCAGCAAUCAGACCCCAAAGCAACCUGGGAUGUCAGAGGAUGGUUUCUCUGGUCAAACUCCAGGUCACGACCCCUUUGAGCAGGGUCACAUGACACCUGGCCUUUCACAGAUUGACAAGACAGCAGCCGAUGAAAUGGCAGUGCUGGGUGUGGCCUCUUUAGAUGGACCAAUGAGCAUACUGCCGCAGCCUGGUGACUCAGAGGAGAAGUUGAGACAGCGUCAGCGGCUGCGUCAGCUCAUCCUGAGGCAGCAGCAGCAGAAGAGUGCGUUACGUCAGGAGAAAGGUCUCCAGGAAGCAGCUUCAGGACCAGCUUUGUCCCUUGCUGUUCCACCUGCUCCUGGUUCAGGGACACCCCGUCACUGGUCUCAGGACGACUCUGCCGCCCCUUCCGCUCUUCCAGCAGAAUUGUUUGCACGCCCCCCACCUCCCUACCCCGGGACAGUGAGGCCUGGUGGUCUGGCGGUGGCUCCAGCUCCGAGGUUCCCUGGAGGUUUCUCAGAGGAGCAGCAGAGAAGCUUCACGCCCAGCGAGGCUCCGUUCACCAGGCAGAGCCUCCCCAGAGAGCUGGGUGAUAGAGGACCAGUCCUGAGGUUCACUGUUCCUCCAGGAGCUCAAGUUCUCCAGGACUCAUUUUUGGGACCUCCCCAGGGUUCGAUGCUUGGUUCUGGGCUCAGUGCAGUAGAGGGAGUCCCGGUCCAGAUGAGGAGACCGAUGCCUGGAGAGUUCACUGGCAUCCGACCCCUCCCCACUCCCAACACUCACCCACACAUGAUGCCAGGUGUCCCCCAGCCGUUCCUCCCACGUUCCCUCCCCAUCCAGCAGCACAGCAUCAGGGGCCAGCCCUACAUUGAGCUCCGACACCGGGCCCCUGAGAAUCGCCUGAGGCUGCCCUUCCCUCCGACUGAGGCCCCACUGCUGUACCCCAGAGACCCCCAGCCAUCCACGGUCAGGCCCAUUCAGGGCUCUAGGAUGGUCGAGACCCCUAUGGGCGCACAGAUGGUGAUGGCGGGUGGCGUGGAGCAGCUGAACCAGCAGCACCUCGGCCACACGACAGCUCUGACUCAAAGUGCCCCAGAGUCAGCUCUCCCAGUGGCUGAUGGGAUUGAGGAGCACAUGGAGGGAGAGGAGUCUGCCGUGAAGGACCUGGAGGACGUGGAGGUGAAAGAUCUGGUUGACCUCAACCUGAACCUCGACCAUGAAGACGGUAAAGAGGACCUGGAUCUGGGUCCUAACGACCUGCAUCUCGACGCCUUCCUGCUGUCGGGUAAGUUCGACCUGAUUGCCUACGCUGACCCUGAGCUCAAUCUGGAGGACAAGAAGGACAUGUUCAAUGAGGAGCUGGACCUGGGGGAGCCGGUGGAGGACAAGGACGGGGGAGAGAGGAGUGAUGUUGCAGGUGGGUACAGGAAGACCGAUAGCCACACCCACCUGAUGGGCCAGGUUAAACAGGAAGUGAAGGACUGCGUUAAGACAGAAGUUAGCGACGGUCCCUCAGCAGCCCUUCACCUGACAACACAUCCUGGGGCUGUCGCCAGAACUCAAGGACCCCCAGGAGCUCCAGGGACCAAGGCGGCAGGCUCCAGCCAGGCAGGAUCCUCUGCCCUUCUCGCCAAGGAGAAGGUGGAGGACUUGGGUGUCGCUCCAGCUCUUCGGGCCCACGAACUGGCUCCGAUGUCAGUCAUGGAUCCCAGGGUUCAACCCCCUGCAGGGCAACCGUCAGUCUUCCAGCCGCAGCAGAUACCCUUCGGACCCUCGCCCCUCGUCACCCCUCAACCACUCUCCGCCCAACCACAUCAUUGCCUCCUCAACCCCCAGAACCAACUUCCACACCUGGGAACGUCCACUCAGAACCAGGUGCAGAGCCUGAACAAAGCCAGGCCCCUGCUCCUGGAGGAGCAGCCCCUCCUCCUGCAGGACCUCCUGGACCAGGAGCGUCAGGAGCAGCAGCAGCAGAAACAGAUGCAGGCACUGAUCCGACAGAGGUCCACCUCAGACUCUCUGUUCCCAAACAUGGAAGACUUCGACUCCGUCUCAGACCCCAUCAUGAAGGCUAAGAUGGUGGCUCUGAAGGGCAUCAACAAGGUGAUGACUCAGGGAAACAUAGGACUGAACCCGAUGGUCAUCAACAGGUUUCAACAGCCUCCAGCUCCAGGGGACCCGUGUCCAGAGGAGACACCACAGCCUCCACACCUUGCUGGACAGGACGAGAAGUUGAAUCCUCCUUUGGUGCGACCGAACCCGCCCAGCUUCGGUCCGGGCUUCGUCAACGAGUCUCAGCGGUGUCAGAACGAGGAGUGGUUGGGGGAGACGCAGCAGCUCUUGCAGAUGCAGCAGCGCCUCCUGGAGGACCAGAUUGCUGCCCACCGCAAGACCAAAAAAGCUCUGUCAGCCAAACAAAGAACAGCCAAGAAGGCGGGACGAGCUUUCGCAGAGGAGGAUGCCGCCCAACUCCGCUACAUCACAGAGCAGCAGGGAGCGGUCCAGAAACAGCUAGAGCAGAUCAGGAAGCAGCAGAAGGAUCAUACAGAGCUGAUCGACGACUACAGGACCAAACAGCAGAGGGCGUUGCAGCCGCCAGCCGCCCCCCCCAUGAUGCCCACAGGAGCACCACCCAUCCCUCAGACCCUGCUCUCCCAGCCCAUGGUGCCCAUGCAGCCCCACCCAGGCGGACCCACACAAGCCUGCGUAACAAACAACUCUCCUGGUUGGACUGCAGGGGGAACCGGUCCAGGGGCAUUGGGGCAUAGAAUGCCACCUCAUCUGCCCCCUACCCUGCCUAAUACCCCCCAGGCCUCCCCACGCACCCAGACCCCGGUCAUGGUGGCUGGGCUCACCGCUCCAACGACAGCCUUCAAUACAGGGCCCCGGGGCCCUUCUGGGGGUCCCACUGGAGCAGCAGAGGACGGAGCCGCCCCCACACCUCAGGUGGAGUUUGAUGACAACAACCCGUUCAGCGAAGGUUUCCAGGAGAGAGAGCGACGGGAGCGGCUGAGAGAACAGCAGGAGAGGCAGAGAGUGCAGCUCAUGCAGGAGGUCGAGCGCCAUCGAGCACUGCAGCAGAGAAUGGAGCUGGAGCAGCAAGGCAUCCUGGGAGCUUCCAUGGGUACUGGGGCUGGAGUUGCAGCCCGGGUCGGACAAAUGCCCGGACCUGGAGGUCCUGCAGAACCAGCCCCUGCCCCGGGAGCUGAUAGUCUCUCACAGUUGCCUUUCUUCAGCUCUGAGCUGCCGCAGGAUUUCCUUCAGUCCUCCCCAGCCCCCAGACCCCGGGGGGUGCCGUUCGCCCAUCAGCCAGGCCUCCACCAGGGCCUCACAGGGCCCCCGCACCCAGGAUCUCACUCACUUCCUGCCGACUUCCAGACCGGACCCAGGCUCCCAGGACCAGUCGGGCCCUCAGCCCAGGGACAGGUACGACUAGCUGGGAUAGGCCCUUCAGGAAUAACCCCCUCCAAUCCUGGAGGUCCGGAUGCUCGAUUUGGACACGAGUCGUCCUUGACGGCGACCCCCCUCCCCAGCUCCUUCCCCUGCUCCUCCUCUGGAGGCCCCUCCCCCCUCAUCCAGCUCUACUCCGACAUCAUCCCCAACGACAAACCAAAGAAAAAGAGGAGCAGGAAGCGAGACGGAGACAACAUCGUGGGGGGAGGGGGAGGUAGGACGCCCCUGUCCUCCCACUCUGAUGACAACACAGCUCCGCCUACUUCAGCGCUCUCUGACACUUCCUGUUGUACACCCACUCCGGGCACUGUGGACCAAUCAGACGUGUCGUUCAGUGGUCUGGCUCCGUCGUCGGAGCUGGAGAGGCAGCUGUCGAUCAGCGCUACGGCCCAGCAGAGAGCCUCUGACCUGGGCCUGGAGUGUCAGCAAGGCCCCUUGUCUGCAGCUCCUCUGGAGGUCAAGGUAGAGCGGGAGGACGGUGGAGCCUGUGGGGCACGUGUGGUGAAGAUGGAGGAGGGAGAAGGCGAGGGAUUCUCCUCCCCGUCCCCCCUCCAUGGGGGAGGUGGAGACGGGGGGAAGGAGCUGCUCAGACAUCUGCUGAAGGACAAGACGUCCCCUGCCAUCACACUGUCAUACACCGUCCAGGCCCCGCCCUCCGCCUGCCGCCAGCUGUCCAAUGAGAGCGUCCGUUCUGAGGAGGAGGACAUGCCUGGUUCCUAUGGCAACGUGGUGAUGAUGGACGAUGCGGAGCUGAUGGACGCCUCCAACAGGAAGAAGAUUCAGCGCAGUAAGAGACUCACUCGCCCUGAGAAAGACAGAGCUACUCCCAAAUACAAGAGGAGGAAGAGAGAGGAGGAGGAGAAGACACUGAACUCCUCCUCCUCUGACCCGCUAAUGACACACCUCCGACAGCUGUCGGUGCUGCCCCUCAUGGAGCCGAUUCUGGGGGUUGAUCUGAGUCUGUUCCCCCCCUACGGCAGCUCGUCUCUGGGCAGAGACUCGAGGCUGAGUGGCUCCUUUGGGAAUGCCUGCCUGGACGGAGUAACCGACUACUACUCCCAGCUCAUAUACAAGCAGAAUAACCUCAGUAACCCCCCCACACCUCCGGCCUCCUUGCCCCCCACCCCCCCGCCUGUCGCCAGGCAGAAGCUGGUGAACGGCUUCGCCACGACGGAGGAGCUGAGCAGGAAGGAGAUCAGUGAGCAGGACGUGAAAAGUUCGUCAGACCUGAAGCAGAAAGGGGGGGGGCUUUUGGUUGUAAACCACACCCACAAGACAGUAGAUGUCCCCGCCUCUUUACCGACUCCACCCCACAACAACCAGGAGGAGCUCAGGAUCCAGGACUCUUCGGAGCGCAACAGCCCCGACGGCUUCGUCCCGUCGUCGUCUCCGGAGAGCGUGUCGGACGGUGAGAUCAGCAGGUACCCCGACCUCUCUUUCAUCAAACUGGAGCCGCCAUCGCCCUGUCCGUCGCCUCCAAUACCGAUCAUGCCCUGCGCCUGGGGAAAAGGCUCUGCAGUGAAACAGGAAGUGAAGGUGGAACCUAACCAUCAGGGACCUCCCUCAUGCUCAAACACAGACUUGGUUACCAUAGCGAUAACUCUGAACCCUGUCGCAGCUCAGAACGUCGCAGGCGUGAUGGCAGCGGUGGCGGAGCUGCUGCGGAUUCCCGUCCCCGUCGACUACCAGCUGAGCCGGGCCCCCGGCCCCGAGCACAGCUCUUUGGCACUGCUGGCUGGAGUGAGAGUGCCGCUGACACAGGGUUCAUCAGGAAGCAGACAGCUGAGACCUCCUGCUGCAGAAAACACUGGCAUUGACAGCCAACAUGGCGGCUCUGCUGCUGUCAGGCCUCAGUGUUGCAGCUACUGCAAAGUGCUGCUGGGAAACGGAGUCCGCAUCGUCAAACAGCUCAAACAGGAGGGUCAGUCCAGACCAGGAUCCACUCUGGUGUUCUGUAGUCCCAACUGCUCUGCUCUCCACACAUCUGCGCCCCAGAGCCAAACACCUGGAAACAAGCCUGCGGUCCCCAUCCUCCUGUCCGGCUCCGAGCGCCCUCCUCCCUCCAGAGUGCAGCAUCAGUACAACAACAACAUGUCAUCCAUCGCUGUGCACUCCCUCCCCAACACCCCCCCCUCUCCUCCCACCACCUCCUCCUCCUCUUCCCCAACACUCUCCUUCCCGCCCGCCUCAACCAUCACCAUGGAGACCAGGCCCCGUGUGGACAGCCUGAAGAUGAAAGUGAAGCUGAAGCCCCACCCCCGCGCCGUCCCAGGUGGAGAGGACUUGGCUCGACAAGGGAAGAGGAUGAAGAAUUCCCGCUGGAGACGCUGGAGCGUUCGCAUCACAUUUAGCCGGGGUCCGGGCAUUACUAAUGAGGCGGUUGCCGUGCCAACAGAGGAAGAAGUGGACAUGAUGUUGAAGAAGUUGGGGGCGUGUCUUCAACCUGACCCAUUACCCAAAGACCAGCGGAGGUGCUGCUUCUGUCACCAGCAGGGAGAUGGACGGACAGACGGACCGGCGAGACUCCUCAACCUUGACCUGGACCUGUGGGUCCACCUGAACUGUGCUCUGUGGUCCAGUGAGGUGUACGAGACUCAGGCCGGCGCUCUGAUAAAUGUGGAACUGGCACUGAGACGAAGUCUGACACUGCGCUGCGCUCACUGUCAACAAACUGGAGCCACGAGCGGCUGCAACCGCCUGCGCUGCACCAACACCUACCACUUCACAUGCGCACUGCAGGCACACUGCACCUUCUUCAAGGAUAAGACGAUGUUGUGUCACCUUCAUAAGCCCAGGACAGUUCCUCUCAGCGGGGACAGAUCUUCCAGCGGUUCCCCUUCCUCCACUCCAGGGCUGACCCCUGACCCCGCUGCGAUGGUGGUCUCUGACCCGUACGACUCGGAGCUACGGUGCUUUGCCGUAUUCCGGCGUGUGUAUGUGCAGCGGGAUGAGGCGCGGCAGAUCGCUGCUGUGGUGCAACGCGGCGAGCGGCAGCACACCUUCCGAGUCGGCAGCCUGCUAUUCCGCGCCGUCGGAAGGCUCCUCCCUCAGCAGAUGAAGGCCUUCCACGAUCAGACUGCCAUCUUCCCUGUUGGUUACCAUGCCAACCGCUUCUACUGGAGCAUGCGCCACAGCAGCAGACGCUGUAAGUACAUGUGCUACAUCGAGGACGACGACGGUCAGCCGCUGUUUAAAGUCAAGGUGGUGGAGAAAGGACACGAUGACCUCAUCCUGACCGGACCGACACCUAAAGCUGUGUGGGAUCAGAUCUUGGAUCCAGUGUCUCAGAUGAGAUCGUCCAGUGGAACCCUGAAGCUGUUUCCUGCUUAUCUGAAAGGAGAAGAUCUGUUCGGUUUAACUACGUCUGCAGUGAUCAGGAUCAUAGAGUCUUUACCAGGUGUGGAGGCCUGUGGACGUUACCACUUUCGUUACGGCAGGAACCCUCUCAUGGAGUGGCCCCUGGCAUUCAACCCCUCAGGCUCCGCCCGCUCUGAGCCCAAAGCCUCCCAGGCAAAGAGGUGGUUUACGUUGUGUGUGUGCGACAGACCAUACCUGCUGACCAGCAUCGCUCCCAGGUGUCAGGGCUCAGUGGGCUCCAUCGUGGGUCUCGUUCCUGGAGUCAUCUCGCUGUCUCCAGGAGAAUCUGUGGCCAGCGCUCACCAGGGACGCCACUCGAAGUCGUCUCAGUACCGACGCAUGAAGGCUGAGUGGAAGACCAACGUUUACCUGGCUCGCUCCCGCAUCCAGGGUCUAGGUCUGUACGCUGCCAGAGACAUUGAGAAAUUCACCAUGGUCAUUGAGUACAUCGGCACCAUCAUCAGGAGCGAAGUGGCCAAUCGUAAGGAGAGACUGUACGAGUCCCAGAACCGUGGUGUGUACAUGUUUCGGAUUGACAACGACUACGUGAUCGACGCCACCAUCACAGGAGGACCUGCCAGGUACAUCAACCACUCGUGUGGUCCUAACUGCAUCACAGAGGUGGUGACAGUGGAGAAGGAGAACAAGAUCAUCAUCAGCUCCUGUCGACGCAUCCAGAGAGGAGAAGAGUUGUCGUACGACUACAAGUUCGACCUGGAGGACGAUCAACACAAGAUCCCAUGUCACUGUGGAGCCGUCAACUGCAGCAAAUGGAUGAACUGAACACACACACACACACACACACACACACACACACACACACACACACACACACCCUGGCAGCUCUCUCAUCUUGGUGCUGAAACUGGAUGUUAAUGGCCCACCUCUGUAGGUGGAGCUUAACUUCAUAUCAGAAGACUUUCAUAAUAAAACUGAUCGAGUUUUGAUCAGAGAACUAAUGUUGAUGGGGGAGGGGGCGGGGCUGUAUAUCAGGGCAGCUGAGGGGGCGGGGCUAACGAAGGGGCUGGUCCUCUGUUUGUAUAUUUUGUAAAAAGUGGUGUAAAAAUGUGAGUCACUGAAAUAAGAGAAUGUUUUGUCAAAGGGAAGUUUAUCAAUAAAGUUGCACUUAAAAACACAAAACAAUAAAAAACAGAAACUUGAUUCCACAAGUCCCCCCCACCCCACCCCCCUGUUUUUUACAUUUCCUGUAAAAUAAGAGCUUGUUGUUUUUAUUUUUUUAAUUUAUUAAUGAAGCGAUUUUCUAAAUCCACGGUGAGUUAAAGGUCCGAGUCGCAGCGUGUAAAUAUCUGGACCAUAAAUUAAGACAAAGUAUAGAGAUCACUUCACCGAGUGCGACCGUAACAUCCUCAUCCUCAUCUUCAUCACCACCGUUUAACCCUCGCUCUCCUUUUCCACUGGAGCCUUUUAAAUAUUCUGUCACCGUUUCCUGCCGUCGGAUUGGUCAACGACUGAAGAGCGUUGGGCAGUUUUCACCGUGGCCUUCGUCACACUUUAGGUUUUUUUUAUUUUUAUUUGUUUUGUCUGCAGGUGUCUGUUUACGUCCAAUGAUAAAAAAAGAAAACAUCACAAACACCGGAUCAAACCUCGUAUGUACACGCAGGGUGGAAAAAACUGAGUGACGAUGUUUCUGUUUUUGGGGCAAAAUGUUGAAAUACUGAUUUAGAAUCAUCUACAGAAAAUAAAAUAUUUUACAUCAUGAAGAAUCAAAA